AUGGCUGAAAUUGGUAUUGAAGCAGAAUUUGCUAUAGAGGAGCCAAGUCUGCGUUAUCACCGUUUAGAGAAUGAUUGUCCAAGUUGCUAUGAAACCAACGAGAUAAAUCGCUUCGCUGCCCAUUACAAAUUCAUUGUUUUGGGACACAGGAAUGGAGCGGUGAAUAUUUUUGAUCAUCUUGGUCACCGUGUGCAAAAUGGAUCCUACAGAAAGCACUUUCGUCCGGUCAACGAACUUAGCAUUUCCGAGGAUGGUAACUUCGUGGCUAGUUGUGCUGAUGAUGGUUUCGUAUAUAUCUACAAUCUUAUGGAACCUGAAGAAAGCGAGCUUAUUAAUUUAAGUAAGCCUGUAAAAUCCAUCGCUAUUUCUCCAAAAUAUUCAAUGACCAAGAAAAUUAUAAUAGCCGAUAAAAAUAUUUCCCUCUAUUCUCGGGGGAUAUUCGGGCGGCGAAAGCCAGAACAAUUGUAUGCCCCUCCUGGAGGGGUGGAAGUCAUGUCCUGGAGAGGCGAUUUUCUCAUUUGGGCUGACGAAUAUGCCGUGCGGGUUUAUAACGUGCGCAGAAAACAGCUCAUAAAUUUCAUUCCUAAGGUGAAAACUAGUUACAGUGCCUUAGAGUGUCGCCCAAGUUAUUAUCUAUCCUGGCAUUCAGACACCUGUUUUCUGAUUGGCUGGGAGAAGACCGUUCAGGUUUGUCACAUAGUCACGCCUUCCUCAAACGAUCAAUCUACCUCAAGAGACAUUCUCUGGACUUCCACAACAUCUAAUGAUGACACCGAAUCAGUCGCGUCAAAUUCUACCCUCAACUCCACUUCUAUAAUUAGCAGCGUUCUAGGCUUCAGAGAGUUUGUCCAACUGACUGUCCAAUUCUCCCUACAACGAGGAGAUGAUGAUGAAGGAAGUGGGGAAAUCAUAUAUGGAAUCGCAUCACAUCAGGGUCGUAUUCUUGCUCUUCUAUACUCACCAAAAUCUUUUGAAAGUCUUCUUGACGUUCAAGAAAUGACUCAUGAUACAGAGGAGCUUUUGAACGUGGGAAAAUCACCACAGCUUGUGGUUCUUGAUAUUGGAGAAGCAUUGACAGCUGCUCCUUGCCCGAUAAUGAAUGAUCUGGACUCGAUGCUUGAUGUCAGUGAGGAGGAUUCUUUUGAGGAGAUAAGUCGAGAGGAUGUUGAAGUGAAAAUACCGCCUGGAUCGCACGGAUUAGGUCUGGCGACCAUUUCUGGUGACGACACCCAUUUUGUCUACUCUCCCACGGAUCUGAUAUGUGCUCAAUCUCUGUCAUCCGAUGAUCGAAUCGACUGGUUUCUAGACCAGGGUAUUCCACGACGUGCUCUGCAAAUCGCCAGGGAACAUCAAAACGAUUUGGUCAAACAUUCUCCCAAGAAACUUGGAAUGGAUUGUCUCAACAAGUUGCUAGAAGAAAAGAAUUAUGCACUUGCAGCUGGUAUCUGCAAUCUGAUUCUUACCGACAAGGAGUCUUGGGAGGAGCAAAUUUAUCGAUUUCUUCAUCUUGGUCAGGUUCACGUUCUGGUGCCUUUCCUGCCAUCAAACAAGGGUCUAAUCAAUCCUUCUACUUACUUGGUCAUCUUAAUUGAUCUUCUUAACAAGUCUCCUAGAAUGUUUCUUCAAAAGCUCAACGACUGGCCACCUAGUCUCGGACUUUAUCCCAUCGAUCCACUGAUUGCUGCUGUGCAGGAAAAAACUGCUCCCUUUUCAAAACAAGACAUUUUCGCAAUUGCCAAACAAGAUCAAGAUGUGCAUGCCCUAUUCCGUUCGUUGAUCCUACUGUACGAGAACUCAGAUGUACCAGAAAAGGGUUUGGAAUUUUCCAUCAAACUUAGGGACUUGGGAGUUUUCGAUCUUCUCAGACGUCAUCUCCUGCCCCAAGAUCAGACAAAUGGUCGAUUCAGCACUGUCGUGCGUCGACAAAUCAUCCCCCUGUUUCAAAUUGACACUCCUCGUGCCACCUCCCUAAUGAUUGAUUGUAUUCAUGAGCUACCCGUGGAAUUUGUAGUUCAGGAGUUGGAAUCUCAACCACAGAUACUUUUCAAGUAUCUUGAUGCUCUCCAUAUGCGUAAUCCCCGACCCGCUUUGCCGUACAUUCAUCGAUUAGUUAAACUAUACGCCUCCUAUGGUCGUGAACAGCUUUUGCCAUUCCUUCGUUCGACGCACCAUUAUCCCCUUAAUGAGGCUCUCGAGCUAUGUAAAUCGUUGAAUUAUAUUCCGGAGACGGUAUAUCUGCUUACUCGGGUUGGGCGGCGGAAGGAUGCUUUGAAGCUUCUCAUGGAAAAGGGUGCCGACGAUGACUUCUUACUGGGCAAUCGUCAACUUACUCCUGAACAACGUCAAGCCGAAGUAGCCGUGCAGGCCAUCGCUUAUUGUCUAGAAGAGGACACUUCUCACAACUCUGAAGCAGUUGCCUAUUUCAAUUCCUACGACUAUCCCCGCCGUCUCCACUCAAUUCGUCACCAUCAAAAAGUAUCCCUUGGGUCUGAAACCAGUUCUUUGGACAGUGAUGAGAACUCAGAUGCUGAGAGCCAGUACAAUAAAGGUAAAGACGAGGACGAGGAUGUGGGAGGUCUACAACCUCAUUCAUUUCCGAUUUCUCGCGAAACAGGGGAACUUUGGAGGCAGGUUGUCCUUUUCGCGGUAGACAAACCUGGCUUUAUUUGUGCUCUGUUGAAACACGCGAGCACGGAAAAGAUCGAUCCGGCACUUUUGUUAAGAAAAAUUACUCCCAAUAUGCAGAUUCCGAAUUUGAAGGAAUCGCUAACGAAUUUGCUUAGAAACACCCAGAUGCAAAUCGAGCUACGUAAGAACUGUGAGGCCAUUCUGCUUAAAGAUCUCCAAGAGGUUUCAGUCCGUCUCGUACAGAUUCAAAACCGCGGCAUCUUUGUGGAUGCAGGUCAAAGACAGGCAGGUAAACACGUUUCAUUCAUUGGCUCAUCCAUUGGUGAUCACGGAGUGUGCAAGGUAUGUCGACAAAGUCUUCUCAGCACCGUACAGUCUUUCGGUCCUUCUACGAGCACUACCGCGUCUGAGUUGAAGGGUGUCGGCCAGCUUCAGCAACCCCCUCUUGUGGUGUUUCGUUGUUCUCAUGUCUUUCAUCGAUCGUGCAUAUUCAAGAGGUCACCCGGACGAAUUGCGUUGUCUUGUCCGGUUUGCAUCCAACAGCAUGUGCCACCUGCAGCGUCUUAA